AUGCUACUCUCCACACCUCGAGAUAUACAGCUUCAGCCGCUCUCCGCGGGCGAUGUGGAAGACCUGAAGCUCAUUGUCAUGCAGGAAGGUGUCGAAGUGCUGUUUUAUGGGAUACAGGCGACGCUGCUGGUCGCCGCUUUGGCUGCUUUGACCAACGUCGUACAAAUGCCUUCGCUAGGACUCAACGCAGAAUUGGCCUUGCCAGAGCUGCUGAACAAGCUCAACAUUGCGUUCAUAGUGGCUACGCGAUUCAACCUAGUAUAUCAUGAGCGACACCAUUGUCGUCUGGCGGGUGUUGAUGCUCUAUCGGGGCAGCCGCCUCUCGGUGUCCUCGUCGAAUGCGUCACCUACAUCAAGGUCCCCAAGAACGGUCUCCAGUCAAGCGCAAUCAUGAUGGAAAUACCAUUGUUGAUCACCAACGCCGUCUCGACAAUCCUGGUGGCAAGGCUCGUCAGCGACUGGCGAAAAACUUCGCGAGCGGAGAGAAUCCUCAUAUUGCUGCUGGAGUCUGGGACGCUGUACUGCAUACUGUGGGUCGUCCGCUUCGGCAUCGACCUCUAUGAUGGUGCAGGUACCGUCUACCUUGUUUACAGUGGUAUUCUACCCACACUGAUCCUCCUCGUCGUGGCGAUGCGCCGCUCGGCUACGACGUCGCUACUGCUGAGCACCCAGGUGUCGCAAGGCAUGCGGUUUGCGGAUGGAGCAGAGACGCAGGGCCGCUCGCUCACGACGCUUGAUGAGACGCAGCUCGAUAGCCUGGACGAGACGCAGCUGAACAGCAUGGACGGGCGCACGUUCACGUCCGGUCGUACAGCGUCUAUGGCUUCGCCUAAGAACGCCAAAGACCUUCCUCUCGAAGACCUGGGUCGUGUUCGCGGGAAGUAG